AUGGACCAUGUCACCAGAGCCUUUCGAGAAAAGAAGGCUGGUAACCUCAAGGUACUCAAGAUUUCGGCUACGAUGUUCGGCAGGAUUUGGGAUGUGCGAUUGCCAACCCAGUUCCUUGAACUGGACAGGCCCGUCCUCACGACACUCGUUCUCGAUCGCUGUAUAUUCGACGAUCCAUCCAAUCUCAAUUUGGAUACCCUCCUCAGCCUCGAAAUCUUUACCUCUCUCAGAAGCAAGGCUGAGAUACAGAGCUCCCAUUCCGCUCCAUCAGCACAUUUUGCGUCACAGCUCUCACUGAUCGCUCGAUGUCCAAACCUUCGAACCCUUGAUCUAACCUCCAAAUCGCAUUACGAAGACUGGGUACUUCAGCCCGGCUCUUUACCGUCCAUAUCCCUCCCCCACCUCGAGCUGCUCACCUUGACUCUGAAUUACGCAGAGUUGAAGGCAUGGUCCGACGUCGCCCAAGUUCCUCGAACGGCCACAGUCACGUACACCGGUCGCCUCUUCUUCCUCGAUGCCGCCAAACCGUACACCGAGCUCUUCACCAUACUUACAGAAGGUUUAAUCCCUUCUACUACGGAACCCACCUCCUCGAGCGAACUCUCUCAUCACACUCCUCUCGUGAUCGGCAUCUCCGAUUUGUCGUUGGUGAUAGGGUUGGAGAGCGUGACCACCAUGAUUAGUUUCUGGCCCUACAUCGAUCGAGUCGAAGCGAUGGGUCAGGUAUGGGCACAGCUUUCCCCGCUAUGGGCGAAGCUCGUACCCAGAGCAAAGUCAUUGCGGCUUCUGGUCCCUGACUCGGCGGAGAAAAGCGUGAACUAUAGGCGUGCCAUUGAAUGCCUUACAGAGUUCCUGAAGAUGGCCACGCAAGUCAAGUACUUGUUGGAUUGCGGGAUGGCGGCCCUGGCGAUGCUCAUAGAUAUACACACCAUCAGAGGAGACAACUCGGAAGUAAUUCUCCCCUCCUUGACGCACUUGCGCUUGGGCGAGCGCGAAGACACGCUAGAAUUCUUCAAGACACUCCGGUCCAAGGCCAUGCUGCAGCGUUUUUUGGACAAGAGGAAGGAAGUUGGUCAUGCGGUGGAAUCUCUUGCACUGGAUGCUUCCUUGGUCGAGGAGCUGAAGGAUCAUUUGAAGGACACUUUCAUAGUCUCAGAGCCAAAGUAG